AUGGUUAAUGAAUCUUCUUCAAUAAGUGAUCCUUAUGAUGACUUAGAACCUGAUAAGUCUAAGGAGGAGGUAGAAGAAAUAAUGAAUUAUACUGCAGACGUUCAAAGAAUUCCUAGUUGUGUGGCAUGUCAUCUCCCAGCAGCAAUUAGUCCCAAAUUAGUUCUGGAAGCCUGGAGAAUUCCUGGAGAGCUGCUGAUGUGUAGUCUGCUGGUAGCCAUGACAGAGGAGCAGCAGGUGAGUGUGGAUAUGGGUUAUGAAACUAAAAAGGGUCCAUUGAAGGAGGAAAAGGUGAGGUGGGAGGAGAAGAAAUAUGAUGCGCAACUGGAAGUGAUGAGACAACUUGUGGGCUGGCUGUUGUUAGCUGUCUGCAUGUAUGGACUGGAUGCAGAAUUGAUCUCUCCUUUACAUUCCUCCAAACAAGAAAUUUCCAUUGCUAACUGUGUCUUUCCAUUCAUCUAUGGUGAUGAAGUCCACUACAAUUGUAUCUCCACCCACAGUGACUUUGACUGGUGUUCCCUUGACUUUUACUUCCAAGGAAGGUGGAGAUACUGCACAGCACUGGAUCCUCCAAUGUGUAUCUUCCCUUUCCAAUUUAGAAAAAAGUUUAUUAACGAAUGUACCAAGGAAGGCUACAUUUUGAAUCGGAGUUGGUGUUCAUUGACUGACAACUACAACAGAGAUAGGAAAUGGAAGCAAUGCUCUCCUUACAAGUAA